CCUUGUGCAAUUUUCUCUCUUGUCUCUUGUCAUUUCCCUCCAUUCAUUCAGUGAAAAUGUGGCUCAAUCUUUUGUCCUUACUAGUAGUCCCCAAAGGAGUCCAGUCUCAAGUCCAAUCUCAGUUGGUGGAGUCUGGAGGGGAUGUGAGAAGACCUGGAGGGUCCCUCCGUCUCUCCUGCCAAGCCUCUGGAUUUGAUUUCAGCAGCUAUGACAUGAACUGGGUGAGACAGGCUCCAGGGAAAGGCCUGGAAUGGGUGGCAUUCAUAAGCACUGCUUCAGGUACUAUUUACUACUCAGACAAAGUGAAGGGCCGCUUCAUCAUCUCCAGGGACAAUGCCAAAAGCCAGCUGUAUCUGCAGAUGAGCAGCCUCAAAGCUGAAGACACAGCAGUCUAUUACUGUACGAGAGACACAGUGAGAGGAAGUGAGAUCUCAUUAAAAAAAAAAACUUUCUUUUUAGGAGUCCAGUCUCAAGUCCAGUUGGUGGAGUCUGGAGGAGAUCUGCAAACACCUGGAGGGUCCCUCCGUCUCUCCUGCCAAGCCUCUGGAUUCCCUUUCAGCAGCUUUAGCAUGAGCUGGGGGAGACAGUUUCCAGAGAAAGGACUGGAAUGGGUUGCACACAUGGGUUCAUCUAUCACUUACUACUCAGACAAAGUGAAGGGACGCUUCACCAUCUCCAGGGAUGAUGCCAAAAGCCAGCUGUAUCUGCAAAUGAACAGCCUCACAGCUGAAGACACAGCCGUCUAUUAUUGUGCAAGAGGCACAGUGAGAGGAAGUGAAUCUGAAGCCAAACAAGAACCUUCUUUUCUUCAGAGCAGUUCUUCAACUUGA